AUGGAUGAUGAGGACUGUGAAAGAAGAAGAAUGGAGUGUUUAGAUGAAAUGUCCAAUCUUGAAAAGCAAUUUACGGAUCUUAAAGACCAACUCUACAAAGAAAGAUUAAGCCAAGUGGAUGCAAAACUACAAGAGGUCAUAGCUGGAAAAGCUCCUGAGUAUUUAGAACCAUUGGCAGCUUUACAAGAAAAUAUGCAAAUCCGAACAAAGGUGGCAGGUAUCUAUAGAGAGCUUUGUCUGGAAUCUGUGAAGAACAAGUACGAAUGUGAAAUUCAAGCCUCUCGACAGCACUGUGAGAGUGAAAAGCUUCUCUUGUAUGAUACUGUACAAAGUGAACUGGAGGAGAAGAUUAGGCGACUUGAAGAAGACCGGCAUAGCAUUGACAUUACCUCAGAAUUGUGGAAUGAUGAACUGCAAUCCAGGAAGAAAAGGAAGGAUCCUUUUAGUCCAGAUAAAAAGAAACCUGUUGUUGUGUCAGGCCCCUAUAUAGUUUAUAUGUUACAAGAUCUUGAUAUACUUGAAGACUGGACAACAAUAAGGAAGGCAAUGGCUACGCUGGGGCCACACAGAGUAAAGCCAGAACCACCUGUCAAGUUAGAAAAGCAUCUACACAGUGCUAGAUCUGAAGAAGGAAGACUUUAUUAUGAUGGGGAGUGGUAUGGACGUGGACAGACGAUAUGCAUUGAUAAGAAAGAUGAAUGUCCUACAAGUGCCAUAAUAACAACAAUUAACCAUGAUGAAGUUUGGUUUAAAAGACCGGAUGGAAGCAAGUCCAAGUUAUAUAUUUCUCAGCUACAGAAAGGAAAAUAUUCAAUAAAGCAUAAUCACAACUGACCCUUUCUAACCAGUUAUGAAAUAAAUGGUCUUGCCAUGCUUGAUGUGCCAUGGGGUGAAAGUUAUACCUAAUAGUGUUUUGUAUUCCCCAUAAAUUUACAGCAGUAUCUGAUGUGUAUUUGUAGUGCUGUAUGUAAACUUCAUAUGGAAGGCCUACAGAAACCUGAACACAUUAAAUCAUGUUGACAGACACUUUACCUCUAAAUUGGGUCCAGUGCCUAAGAUAUGAAGUCUGCUCUGCAAGUAUAAUGGCUUAGAACUUCUUGUUGAAAUGUGGUUUGUAAAA